UGUGCUAUCUCUCCGGGCCCCCUCACCUUCAUUUCUUUUUCCCACUUGAUUGAAGCGCAGCUGUCGGGGUGUGAGUGCGGCUUCCGGGGCCCGGGCAGGGCAGGGACUGGGCCUGCUCGCCCCCGUCUCUCAGGGGCGCCUCCCUUCAGCUCAGGCCUCUUGUGCCCCCCCGACUGGGAGGAGCUGAGGGUCUCCCCGUCCUCGCUCAUGGCCAGGGGCCCGGAAGCUGCGACUGUGUCUUGGGCUUCCCCCAGCCCCCAGCCCGUCGUUCUCCACCCUCCUGGGGUGGGGACUUGUGCCGGGUGCCCCAUGCCCCGCCCCUCCGCCCAGCGCCGCCCCAUGGAGGAACCAGGAGGGCUUGGCCCGGCCGACCUGCUGAAGCUGCUGCUGCCCGUGCCUGUCCUGCGACCCUGCCGAGGACGCGGGCGCCCCCAGCUCGAAGGGAAAACGGCGGCUCUGGGCCUUUCUGAGCCUUGUUCCUGCUCCCGAGUCUGGACCUCUUCUGUGGGGGGGGGGCCCUCGCGUGCCCUCCUCCCGCCCAUGGGCCGGCCGUGGCCCCCCGCGGAGACGCUCUCCAGUGCUCAGCUGUUCGGCGCCCCCGCUGCGCCCCGGCCUGGGGCCGCUGCUGACGCCCAGGACUCGGACCUCGUGCCCUCGGUGGCCCUGGCCGCCGCCCUGGCCCUGCUCUUCCUGCUCCUCAGCAGCUGGCUGGUGUGGGGCAGGUGCCUCCAGGGCGGAGCAGCCCCGGACACGGAGGCCCCGCAGACCAGCCCCCUGCAGGCGGCCCGGGGGCUCCUGGCCAGCACCCUGCUCCUCCAGCCGCCCCGGGCGCACAUCCGCCUCACGCUGCUUCUCUGCGGGCUGCAGAUGACCAUCCUGGGGGCUGCAAAUAAAGCCGGGGACCCCUGGGUGUUUGUGGGAUGA